UCUGCCUCUGAAUCCAAUUCCUGGUCCUUCCACACCUUUCGGUUUUCCUCUCACCCAGAAUGAGCUUCUGUGUGUUGUUGCUGUGGCUACAAAGGACUCCCGUGAAGGGGUUCCCUAGUUAGCCAAGAAAUAGGCUAAAAUCAGCCUUUUGCACUGGAUGCUCAAGAAUAUCCUUAGGAUGUUUCAUAGCCAAUUAUUCCUUUGCUGUUUGUUCCCCUCUCCUAGACCCUCUCGUGGCCAUGGCUUCAUCUCCCGGAACCCCAGUUCUUUGUAAUGGAGGAUCAACAGCGGCUGAGCUUCCAAUGCAGGAUUUGGUAUCAUUUGAGGAUGUAGCUGUGUUUUUCUCCAUGGAGGAGUGGGCCCUGCUGGACUCUGAGCAAAAAGCCCUGUACCAGGAGGUCAUGCUGGAAAACAAGAGGAACGUGGCCUCAUUAGGUGACGGAUGGGAGAUGGAGGAUUUGGGCCAAGAGGCAGCAGCACCUUUGCCAAAAGACAAAAAGGAAGUUGUAGGAAAGAUGUAUGGAAAGCCAAGUUGUGAGCUAAUCCAGUUAACGGGGGAGCUGGAGAAUUGCUCUGAUCUACCUUGUCCAGAUACCGAUGUCUUAUUGGAAGCAGAUGAUUGCCAUGAAAAGGAAGUGUGUUCAAGGUGUGGGAAAACACUCUGUGAUGAAUCUGGAAGAUGUGACUGUUGCCAAAGCCCUGCUGGAGAGAAACAAGAUGAAAGCAGGCAACACCCCAGAAGGAGCCUUCCUCCUCCUUUACGUGAAAGAAUAGAAGAAGGAGGGAAAGCAUACAAAUAUACAGAGUGUGCAGAAAGCUUCGAUACAAGCCGCUGUCUUCCUUCACAUAAAAAGAUUCACAAAGCAGAGGAUCCACACAUAUGUCUGGAUUGUGGAAGAACCUUCAGGCAGAAAAAACAUCUUAAUUCACACAAGAGGGUCCACAAAGAGAAGGAGCAGCAUCAAGGCUUCCCCUGUGGAAAGACCGUCGGAAGCAGCGCCUCCCUUACUUCCCAUCAAAGCCUCCACAGACAGGAAAGGUUGCACCGACGCAGGGAGGGUAGAAUGAGGUUUACUCAAAGCAAGGAACCGAAUUCCCGGAAAAAAAGACCCACUGGGAAGAAAUCAUGUAAAUGCCUGGAAUGUGGGAAGAGCUUCCGCUCUGCAAGUGACCUCACUUGCCAUAAUAGGAUCCAUACAGGGGAAAAGCCAUAUCAUUGCGCCGUGUGUGGAAAAAACUUUGCACAAAAGGGCAAUUUCAAUUCACAUAAGAGGAUCCACACUGGAGAGAAGCCGUAUAAAUGCACAGAGUGUGGAAAAUGCUUCAGUGCCCCAGGUACUCUUACUUCCCAUAAGAGGAUCCACACAGGGGAGAAACCCUAUGAAUGCCUGGAGUGCGGAAAAAGCUUUAGCAGAAGUGGUGCUCUAACCUUACAUAAUAGGAUACAUAAAGGGGAGAAACCUUAUCAAUGCCUGCAAUGCGGAAAAAGCUUCAAUCAAAAAGUUCAUCUUAAAUCACACGAGAGGAUCCACACGGGAGAAGAACCAUUUGAAUGCACGGAGUGUGGAAAGAGCUUCCAUUGUUCUUCAACCCUUACAUCCCAUCAUAGAAUCCACACAGGGGAGAAGCCCUUUCAAUGCCUGCAGUGUGGAAAGCACUUUUCCACUUCUGGUGGCCUUCAUGUCCAUGAACGGAGCCACACAAGGGAGAAACCGUACAAAUGCUUGGAGUGUGGAAAGAGCUUCCGUAAAUGCGAUCAUCUAACAUCACACAGAAGAAUCCACAGUGGAGAGAAACCAUAUCAAUGCACCAGGUGUGGGAAGAGCUUCAGUAAUUCACGUAGUCUUAUUGUCCAUAAAAGGAUCCACACAGGUGAAAAGCCUCAUAAGUGCCCUGAAUGUGACAAAUGCUUCACUGAUUUGCGGUCCCUCGCUCAUCACAAAAGGCUCCACACUGGAGAGAAACCAUACGAAUGCCGCAUGUGUGGAAACAGCUUCAGUGCAAAAAAUAGCUAUGUCAUACAUAGCAGGACCCAUACUGGGGAGAAACCCUAUCAGUGCCCCGAGUGUGGAAAACGCUUCAGUGAUUCUGGAGCACUGAGGAUCCAUAAAAGGAUUCACACAGGGGAGAAACCCUUUAAGUGCAUGGAGUGUGGCAUGAGUUUCAGGACAAGUGGUUGCCUUGGUAUCCACAAGAGGAUCCACACUGGGGAGAAACCGUAUACAUGUCAUGAGUGCGGAAAAACCUUUAGACAUAAUCGUUCAUUCAGGUACCAUCGAAGGCUUCACUCAGGGGAAAAACCCUAUAAAUGCCUGGAGUGUGGAAAAUGUUAUAAUGAUAGUAGCAGUCUUACCUACCACAAUAGGAUCCACACAGGAGAGAAACCGUUUAAAUGCAUC